AUGAUGAAGCUUGUGGAAAUUCAAACGUCAAAAGAAACGAGUUUUAAUAAGAAAAGGGGCACCCAUUGGACCCCAGAAGAGGAGAUACUUCUAAUUGAAGAAGUAUUAAAGUAUGAGGAAACUCUUUUCGGCAAAAUGAAGGGUUCGGGUAGUAAAGGGAAGAAUGGUCAAGUGAAAGAGUCGACCUGGAGAUCCAUCGCCGAAACUCUGAAUUUAAAUUACAAGAACGACAGGGACAAUGAAACAAUUAAAAAGAAGUUCAACAACAUCAAACAGCGAGGUAAAGAAAAAAUCGAUAUGCUUAGAAGGCCUAAGACAGGAGGAGGUCCGGCCCCUCCUUCUUUAACAGCAUCGGAGGACGCACUGAUGCAAGCAUUUGACGGACGGCCACAUAUAUGCGGUCUGGUGGACGGUAUCGACACUGACGCCAAUGACGAAACAACAGAAACAUCAAAGGAUGUGGAAUCUAUCACAUUGGCUUCCGGAACAACAUCGUCCACUUCGUCAACGUCUAAACCAUCGGCCUCCACGUCGUCCUCUUUAUCGGAGCGACCAACUGCUUCAAAAAAGUCAAAAAGAAAACAAGUAAAGGAUGUGUUGGAAGAAGAAGAGUUAGAAAAUUUAAGAUUGGAUAACAAGAGAAUUAAGGUCGAAAUUGAAAAAUUGAUAAUUGAAAAACAAAAACUAGAAGCAGAGAAAGAGCUUAUUGAAAUAAAGAAAGCAUUUAUGGUUCGCCAGUUUGAGGAGCGAUAUCCUCAUUCCAUUGUAUAUACCAAUACAAGUAAUACAUGCGUAAGUAAUGAACUAUAAAUGUACAUGACAUACCAAAAGA